CGCCUCGUCUCGACUCCUCUCCCGACUGACGUUGGACAACAAAGAUGGCGGCGGGAAGCAGCAAUUACUGGGAAGAUCUCAGGAAACAGGCCCGACAGUUGGAGAAUGAACUUGACCUGAAACUAGUGUCCUUUAGUAAGCUGUGUACAAGCUACAGUCCCACCAGUUCCCGAGAUGGAAGACGCGACAGGUAUAGUUCUGACACAACACCCCUUUUAAAUGGAUCAAGUCAAGAUAGAAUGUUUGAAACAAUGGCAAUUGAGAUUGAACAACUCUUGGCAAGGCUUACAGGAGUAAAUGAUAAAAUGGCAGAGUAUACCAACAGUGCAGGUGUCCCCUCUCUGAAUGCUGCACUGAUGCACACAUUACAGCGACAUAGAGACAUACUGCAGGACUAUACACAUGAAUUUCAUAAAACCAAAGCAAACUUUAUGGCCAUACGGGAAAGGGAGAACCUAAUGGGAUCAGUCCGAAAGGAUAUUGAGUCAUACAAAAGUGGGUCUGGGGUAAAUAAUAGAAGAACUGAACUGUUUUUGAAAGAACAUGACCACCUUCGAAACUCAGAUCGUCUGAUAGAAGAGACAAUAAGCAUUGCCAUGGCAACAAAAGAAAACAUGACUUCUCAGCGAGGAAUGUUAAAGUCCAUUCAGAGUAAAAUGAACACUCUGGCCAAUCGUUUUCCUGCUGUGAACAGCCUGAUCCAGCGGAUCAACCUCAGGAAGCGGCGAGACUCCCUCAUCCUGGGAGGUGUCAUUGGUAUCUGCACCAUACUAUUGCUACUGUAUGCUUUCCAUUGAUGGGACAUCUCCAGGACUCUCAGCAACCGCCGCUUUCACAUGGUGAAGAUGGAGAAGUUGGCUGUCCUGUUGCGGCAGGGUGGAUUCCACCCUGGGAUGGGCUCGGGAACGUGGGCAGGUGGAGCUGAAGCCACAGUUUUC